GGACUGAAAUGGCCAGUAAAUCUUUGCGAUUGCUCCUCCGUGUUAAUGUGUAGCCACCCCUUGGUUACUCGGACGCUAAAAAAUGCUAUCACCAGAUUAAGCGACAUCAUAACGUCAUUGACGUAGGAGAGGACGUGGAGGGUCGCUGAUAAAUAAUGAACUUGGCAUCAUAUCACGUGGUGUAAUAACGCCUGAAUAAUUUAAUACGUCCAACAUUGCUGUAUACCCCUGCUAGAGAGGGAACGCUUACUGCAUGCAUGUAUUAUAAGUGACAGCAUCAAAAUUGAGUUUGCCAACGCGCAGUAAAAUGUUAAUCCGCUGGUUUCAAUCCGUUGUUAUCUCAAACGGAGCCAUUAGUGGGUGAAUAUGGCGCUUUGUGGAGUAUGUGCUGUGUGUAGUGUCUUUGUGGAUACGCAAACGGAAAUGCACCCUCAAUGACUGCCACCUGCUCUUCUUGUAUGGUUUCGGAUGCACCGCCCCAUUGAGCUGAUCUAAACAGCAGAUCACAUCAGGCGAGCUGAGGCUGGACCGACAGCAUCAUUCAAGUGGAGGCAUCGCUCACAUCACCUGACGUCAGCACAAUGUGGAAACAUACCAGCAUGGACCUCGUCUGAAAACAAACCUGAAAAAGAUUCCAAGAGUGGAACAGCUCUUUACACAUCCGCCUUUAGACGACCCAGCCCUCUUUUUAAGUAUCCGUUCAUCUCCCUCUCAAACCACACCAAACGCCUCACCCAUUACUUGAAAAAACUCUCACCGUUCCUUUGGCAGCCAGUGUUGUGAGCAGUGAGCCAGGAUGAGUGGGCUUCUGGAUAAGAUCCGGCGGGUCCAGUGGGGCGCUGCAUGGUGUGCCUUCCAGUCCCGCGUGCUGCGCACCAAACCGGUGGAGUCCAUGCUGGAGAGCACGGGUGGCACAGGCACCCACGGCACUAAGCUGGCACGCGUCCUUACCACUGUGGACCUGGUGUCGCUCGGCGUGGGAAGCUGUGUCGGCACCGGCAUGUACGUGGUUUCUGGACUGGUCGCCAAGGAGAUGGCGGGGCCAGGAGUAAUCAUGUCCUUCAUCAUCGCAGCGGUGGCCUCGUUCCUCUCAGGUGUGUGUUAUGCUGAGUUUGGUGUGCGUGUGCCAAAGACCACGGGCUCAGCGUACACCUACAGCUAUGUGACAGUUGGCGAAUUUGUGGCCUUCUUCAUUGGCUGGAAUCUGCUUCUGGAGUAUCUUAUUGGCACAGCGGCUUGUGCCAGCGCCCUGAGCAGCAUGUUUGAUUCGCUAGCCAACCACUCAAUCAGCAGCUUCAUGAUCAACCACGUAGGCACACUCAAUGGCCUCGGGAAAGGUGAAGAGUCCUACCCUGACUUCCUGGCUUUGGUGAUCGCCAUGCUUGUAACGGUGGUCGUCGCCCUCGGAGUGAAGAACUCGGUGGGCUUCAACAACGUGCUGAAUGUAAUCAACCUGGUGGUGUGGGUGUUCAUUAUGAUAGCCGGCCUCUUCUUCGUCAAUGCGGCCAACUGGGAGGAUGGACGAUUCUUGCCCUUCGGCUGGUCGGGGGUCAUGCAAGGUGCAGCCACCUGCUUCUACGCCUUCAUUGGGUUUGACAUCAUUGCCACCACAGGAGAGGAAGCCAAGAGCCCCAACACCUCCAUUCCAUACGCUAUCACUGCUUCCCUGGUCACCUGCCUCACUGCCUACGUGUCUGUGAGCGUGAUUCUGACCCUGAUGGUGCCCUACACUGAGAUCGACGCUGACGCCCCUCUGAUGGAGAUGUUCUCUCAGCACGGCUUCCAGGCAGCCAAGUACAUAGUGGCCAUCGGCUCCAUCGCAGGCUUGACGGUCAGCCUGUUUGGCUCGCUCUUCCCCAUGCCCCGCGUCAUCUACGCCAUGGCUGGAGAUGGCCUGCUCUUCAAGUUCCUGGCUGUUGUGAACACGUACACCGAGACGCCCAUGGUGGCGUGUGUGGUGUCGGGCUUCCUGGCGGCCCUGUUGUCUCUGCUGGUCAGCCUGAGGGACCUGAUCGAGAUGAUGUCCAUCGGCACGCUGCUGGCCUACACGCUGGUGUCCGUCUGCGUGCUGCUGCUGCGCUACCAGCCAGAGAGUGACAUCCAUGGCUUCGUCAACUUCCUGUCGGAGGAGAGCACCAAGCGGAAGGAGGGCGUGCUGGCCGAAUGCGAGAAGGAAGCCUGCUCGCCCGUCAGCGAGGGAGACGAGUUCGCCGGCCCGCUCACCAACACCUGUGGCGCCAAGAACCUGCCUUCCCUGGGCGACAACGAGAUGCUCAUCGGCAAACCGGACAAGUCCGCCUACACCGCCGCCCACCCCAACUACGGCACGGUGGACAUGACGUCGGUGAUCGAGGCCGAAGAGUCGGACAGCGCCCACGUGCUGAAGCUGAAGAAGCUGCUGGGCCCGCGCUACUACACGCUGCGCAUCCGCCUGGGUCUGCCGGCCAAGAUGGACCGGCCCACGGUGGCCACGGGCCGCACAGUGACGCGCUGCGUGCUGAUGCUCUUCUUCCUGAUGUUCGGCUUCUGCUCUCUGGUCACCUUUGGCGCGGACUGCAUCGGCGAGGGUAGCUGGUGGGCCGUGCUGCUGCUGGUGGUGCUGCUGGUGGUCAUGAUGCUGCUGGUGUUCAUCAUCAUCCAGCAGCCGGAGAACCCCAAGCGGCUCCCCUACAUGGCCCCCUGCGUGCCCUUCGUGCCGGCCUCCGCCAUGCUGGUCAACAUUUACCUCAUGCUCAAGCUGUCCAACAUCACCUGGAUACGCUUCGCUGUCUGGUGCUUUGUGGGAGUGCUGAUCUACUUUGGCUAUGGCAUGUGGCACAGCACCCUGGAGAUCACGGCACGUGAGGAGGAGGCCCAAGCCAGCACUUACCAGCGUUACGAUGUGGGCGUGGACGAUGGCUUCGCCGACGACUUCAACCCCGCGGAGGACAGCUGGGGCGAGCCCCAAGAUGGCGGCACCAAGCAGAAACGGGAGAAGAGCCAGUCCGAGCUCCAGGCCCCCUCAGCACACUCCCUAGACAGUCACAGGACCUCCCCCUCCCCCAAAGGCAGCAAAGCAAAAAGCAAAGGCACACCCAGCCUGGGCUUCGAGAGCCUGGCGGUGGACGAUGACUUAGAUGAUCCGCUGGAGUGAGAGUGACCCCUGGGUGAAUACUGUACUGUUUGUGUGUGUGUGCUGAUGAUGAUGGCUGCGGUCCUUGGGCUAGAUGGUCUCCUCUGAGUCAGGAGAGUUCCAUUUUGUGAUCAUGUGGUCAUGUCAUCCUCUUAUCUGUUGUUGCUGGGAAGUAGGCGGAGUGGAGAUGGUGGUUUAACCUUAUAAUGGCAGCAACAUUUCCAUUUCAAAACGAAAAAAAUGUUUCUUUUUUUUUUUAAGUCGUACUUUUACAUUUUACUGUAACACUUCACUCCACACAUGAUCAUGUUUGAGACACUGAGGCCAUCCCAAGCAAUCCAUGCUUUCAUUAAGUGUACAAGAACUACAUUACUUGGUUCAAGUCGCAACCCAAAAAAAGUUGACCAUUUGCCACAUCUUCAUGACACAGCUGCUUUUGACAGGCAGGAAGUGGGCGGUUUGUGAUGCCUGAACCAUUUCCUGUAUCUAGGUCAGGGCAGCCUCUGGCCACAAAGCCAAUCUUUUCAUCUGCCAAGGACAGGAUAGAAGCUAAAAAUGCUUUUGUUAUACCUGUCAUAGUGGGGAAGGCUUGGAUUCCACAAGUAGCUUUUUACCAGCAGCCCUCAUUAUUUAUCUCCUAGGUUUAUGUAUUCUUAACUUAUGAGAGGCUCUCAUUAUUUUUAUAAUAAACAUUAUACCUUAUUUUUGUUGGCCAAAAUCAUGACAUGAAAUGUAAACAGGACCAUAGAUAAGCUGAGUUACUGUUGGAUUUGAGAUACUGUUGUGACUACGAUGGCUUGGACUUCAGGUGCGUUUUUAGGGGUGAGAAAGAAAGUUUUACUUCACUGCUUCUCCUAGCAUCUAGCCCAAGAGGUGGGGGGCGGCGGGGGUAUAUCACCAAUGGGUUUCCACAAAAACAUUAAUUGGAUUUGCAGAAGCUUGCAAUAGUGCCUUCAUCUGUCAGUGUGUGCUUUAACUGUGAUUGCCAUGAUGUCCAUGCUUGUUUCUGUGUCUGUGUCUGGGGCUUGUUGAUGUGAACAAUCUUGUGACUGUGGUCAGGGCAGAGCAUGUGUGUAAACGUGAUUUGAUGCAUUCAUGUAUUCAUUUAUUUAUCUAUUAAUUGGCCAGGUGUUUAUGUUGACGCCCUUCGGGUCAUCACCAUGUCCACCCAUCCUGAAUCAGCAGCUUGCCAUCCAUGUUGUGACACCCUCCACACACAUCCUUGCAAGCAGGCAGCUCUGUGUAUAGCGCUCCGGUUUGAAAAGACAGUAUGGUUUGUGUCUCUUGGUUUGUCGGCUUCCCAUCCCGAAAUGAGAGCAAAAAGCAGAUAGGAUGCAGACAUGAAAAACAGAAGUGCAUAAAAUCCCCAUAAAUAGCAUGAGUGGAAGGAGUAAAGGUGACCUCUAUUUGAAUGCCUCUCUGGCAUGUGCUUCAUCUGUGACUCAGGUGUUGUCAGGCUUCUCUCUUUCUCCAUCUAUCUCUCUAUCUAUCUCUCUAUCUAUCUAUCUCUCUCCCUCUCUCCAGUGUCUCUGGUUCUGUCUCUGCUGUGUGUUCGCUAACCACAGAGAGUCUCCCUAAAAAUAGGACCAAGCAAGGCCCCCAAGCGUCCUUAAACAUGUCUAAAGCCACUUUCUGCAUGAGAGAAUCAGCCCCGCCACAGACGGCCUUACUGUACAUCGACACUAACUGCACUGCUUUGGCAUCUCCGUGCUGCUCCCAUAGCUAUGACCCCUGACCUCGCUAGUGUGGUGUAAACAUGCUUGCAUCUACCAGGCCACAGUGUACGAGUUUAAGUAUGACAUUCCCUCCAAGUUAUGAGUCCUGCCACAAGCAUUGUAUGACGAUACAAACAACUAGGAAAAUGUCAACGUAAUGAAAAGAAUAGACAGUACAUGUAUUUUCCUAAGCAUUUUCUCGCUGUAUGCAUUUGAUCUCUACCUAAGAUUUCCACUUGCUGGGACCUUGUUUGGUACAAUACUGUUGCAUUGGUUUUUGGUGUGACUACCUUUCGAUGUGUCGUGUUGAAUGUGUAGCAUGUUCAGGUGUGCAGGGCCCAGAGUAACCGUGUGGCUGAGUAUUUGCAUGUGUGAUUACCACAAUGAGACAUCAUAGAACUCUUCAAAUGUAGCAGAACUUGAGGAGGGUUUUGGAGGAGGAGGCUUACCUGAGCAACUGGGAACCUCCUUGAUAUAUGCUCUCUAUCUAUCUCCCUCUCCCUCUCUCUCAAUCCCACAACUUUCUGUUAACAGAGCAAGCCAAAGUCUGCAGUGUUUGUUUACUGCAAUCAAAAAAGAAAGAAAUGGCCAUCAGAAUUGGCACUUGAUAAGAUUAACAUUGCAAAACGUGUGGUUCAGUGAGAGAUUCAAACAGUAGUAUUUUUCAAGGCUGUCUCUGACAAUAGUGUAAAGAGUUCUGCAGUGUAGUGUUCCUCUACCGCUCAAGUUGUCUUUUUAAGUAUGGCACAAGCCAUGGUCAAGCGUAGUCCCCAGGGAAAUAUGUUGUGAAAGCAGCGAGAGCGUAUAUUUUUAACAGUGUCUUUCUAGAACGAGGAGACUCAGUUGAUAUAUUUCCUUUUCCUUUUUUCAGUCGGAGAUUGUUGACCUAUUGUAGGCUCUAGAGCAAACUUUGGAUAGGGAACAUUAAAUAAAUCCUAUAGUUAAAUAGCAAAGACCUAUUUUAUUAUAAUUCUAUUGAAAAAAGAGAAACAACAAAUGUUGCCACAACUGCUUUUAAAGUCAGCUGCUAUUAGUUUAUUUUGUCUCUGAAAUGGUACUGUGUUGUACUGUGUAAAACUAUCCUGCCAAUGCAGUUUAUUUGGUCUUGUUCAGAAAAUGUUGAGAUUGGCUUCCCUUGCAAACUUGAUAUUUGUUUUUGCUGUAUGUUUUGGUAUGAAGUUUAAAUGUGUUCCUGGUUUUAUGAUUUUUUUCUAAUUGUUUCUUCCAUUUGUGGUUUUUGCUACCCUUGGUGCACUGUGUAAUGAUUUGUUGAUACUGCUUCCAUUCAAGAAUGAAAGUUAUUUAUUGCA